AUGUCUGGUUACGGUAACCGUGGUGGUGAUACACAUGUUGAAAGCUGGUGUGAUCCACAAACUACUGAAGGUUGGGGAGGAACACAGACCAAUGGAGGAUGGGGCGUGCUACAACUGGAUGAAAUUGGAUCUCUUAACGCGUGGAUGGAAAAUGAAGAAAGUUGGAUAUCACAAGAAAAAGACUCUAGUAAUAGAGAACGAACAGAG